CGGACUUCUCCAGCGGUUAAUUUUUAAACCCCCUCCUCUCAGUCCAUUCAUUGGUUUUCAUUUUAAAAUACAAAACUUUCUGUUGGACGGGAUUUUUCAGCAAAACGGAGAUAAAAUGACUCUCAAGUCAAAGGUUCCAUGUUUCAAAUCCAAGUUUAUCACUGCUGAGCUGGCUCGCCUCUUCAGCCAGUCGGACAGUGAGGAGGAGUUUGAAGGUUUCAGCGAGGACGAGGCAGACGAGGACAGAGGAUCUUUUAACAAACGUCCAAAGACCAUGAUGGUGGACUCAGAGGAGGACAGCGACGUGGACACAGGCUUCUACUCUGAUGGCGAGGAGGCUCCCCCACCAAAGAGGAAGAGUCUUUUAGUUGCCCUGAGGUUCCCCGUCAAAAGACUGUCGACCCCCAAACAGGAGACGCAAGAGAAAAAGAUCAAAAAGCCAGUCGAAGAAAGGCCUCCUUCACAGAGAGCCAGAGGAAGGCAGAGCAUGAAGCAGCAGCAGCAGGAGUGGGAUAAGGAAGAGGAGCAGCAGGAGGAGGAAGAAGACAAAGAGGAAGUCGUAUCUCUGAGCCUACGGAAGCGAGACAAGAACAUCCAGGAAAACAAGGCCAUGCUGGCUAAGCUGUUUGCUGAUUUGAGCACCACGGCUGAACUCACUCCACCCAACACCCCUCAGAAGAAGAAGCGGACGCCACAGAGAGCAACGCCACGCAAGCGCAAGUUCGAACCGGAGAUGGGGUCAGAAAGGAGGAACCCGUCCCGCAAGGCUCGUCCUCGUGAGAACUUUGCAGUGGAGGAAAAGAGCGAGCCAGUCGCCCGCAGGGGCCCCAGGACUGUAGACAUCAGGAGGCUGAUCGAGGUGGACGAGGAAGUCAGUGAGGGCAAGACGAGGAAGAGGAGCCGCAGUAAGAUCCAGUAUGACGUGAGGACAGUUGACGAGAUCACCAAAGAAGACCUGGACAACAUAGCGUACCGCAGCAAGGACAAGAUCUGGGACAAAGAGAAUGGCAGCUCGUGUCACCAGUGCAGACAGAAGACUCUGGACACCAAGACGGUGUGUCGCAGUGGUUUUUGUGUGGGGGUCAAAGGUCAGUUCUGUGGGCCGUGCCUGAAGAACCGCUACGGAGAGGACGUGCGUGAUGUGCUGCUCGACCCGACAUGGUCAUGCCCCAUCUGCCGAGGGGUGUGUAACUGCAGCCUGUGUCGUAAGAAGGAGGGCCGCUGCGCUACUGGCAUCCUGGUGGGACUGGCCCGCUACAACGGCCACGACAAUGUCCACGAGUAUCUGGAGAGCAUUCAGAAGGAUCUCGAGUGAAGUCCAGAGAGAAGACCAGAGAGGAAAACCUACUCACACAGCUAGAACCCGGAGCAGGCUCUCAUCCUGCACAAUACCGUAGAGCUUUCUUUAACGCACAUUUAGAUGUAGAUCAACCUUUUCUCUAACUAGAGAAACAAAAGCAAAAAUUUGUUUUUUUUACUCUCCUCUAAACACAAGGCACAUACACUGUUAAUAUGUUUUAUAUAUCCCGAUUUAAGGCUGCAUGAGAUGCAGGGAUGCUUUUGUUUUUUAAAGUCAGUACUCAGUUUUGAGUUGUAUAUUUCCAUUUGAAUAUCUCUACUGUCGAUGUUCACUAAAACAAAUCUAAGGUUUGGUUAUUUUCUGUGUUACAGAUGCAAAAGGAGCCCUUUUUAUAUACCAACUACUUUUUUAUAAGUAAUUUUUACAGCGUUGUUGGCAAUCCACUGUAAUUUUAAUAAAGCACGGGGCAUUAUCUAAACAAUUGGCCAUGUUUUUAUGUUUACAUAUGUAUUCGUGUAGGUUAUAUUUGUUGGUUGUGCCACACACUACACCACAGUGUCAUCUUUACCGCACAUUUAGGGGAGGUGCACACAUCUUUUAUGCUGCGCCAUAGUUGUCUGUUGUAUGCGUGUAGGGUGUCAUUUCUCCAGGUGAGUGGGGUCAGGUCCAGGUCAGCUCAUGUACUCGACCAGGCCAGUCAGCUGAUCUCGUGUAAUGACCAGGUGCCAUUGCUGCAGGGCAGGGGGUCACGACACAGUCAGAGGUCAUCAUGAGGAAUCAUUGGCAAUGUGAGUGACAAAUAGAAAUACAUUUUAUCUCAUCACCGUUGUCGUCAUUAUCCAGCUGUAGUUUCAGUUUUAGCGCGCACACUCAUGUUUGACGUGAGCGUACGUUUGACGUCGUAUGACCAGUGUUUUUACAUUUUGGGGUUGAUUAUGUGUUCAAAUUAACACUCGAAGUGAUGAAAAAAUAAUACAAAUAUCUGUCCUUGUUCUGGUACUUUCAGAGUUCAUUACAUUAAACUCUUUUUUUACCUUCAAAAUUCCACAAAAAAUGCCUGAGGGUGCAGAGGUAUUGUAGAUUUAGGUGUUUUUGAAGUGCUUCAAAGGAGUGACAUGUCAAAGGUAUGCGUGAGCUGCCUGCUACGUGAUGCUUUUUGUAAACUGGCAGUCAGUGACCUGCUGGUGAACUCCCACAAGUCACACUUUGAUCGUAGCUGAGUUACACUCGGGGUGUUUUGUAGAACGUGUUUUCCGAGGCACAGAGUUUAUUGGCUCAUUAUAAAAAAGCAAUCAGUCAAGGCCAGCGAUGUGUUUGGUCUGGUAACGCAGUCGUUCCCAACCUUUUCCUUAAGGGACCCUCUCUCUAUCAUUGAGUAAACUAAUGACCCCUAAGUGACAUAGUUUAUUCAAUUCGUAACAAUAGCAGAACAACUGAUAAAACUGUUAAGUUAUCCCGAGUAGUGAACGCAAUAGCUGCAGGAAUUUUGUGUCAAACACAAUUUGGAUGACUUUUAAGUAGAUGGUGAAUGAGUUUUCCUGAUAUUUUUAGGAACUUUUUAUACGACUCUCUGCCUGCAUUAUGUAUUUUUAUUUUCAUCAAUCAUACAUAAUUAAUAGGCAUCUUUUCUGACACACUAUUUUCCUGUUCCUGAUGCUCGGCCGAAGUUUACAUCCUGGAUAAUAAUCUAAACUCUAAAAAUAACACUUUUAUUUUGUUUAUUUCCCAGAAAUAAAUGAAAUGCUGAGAUAUAGAUAUAUAUUUUUUAAGUUUUCACCCCUAAAAUCAAGAGCUCCUUGAGAAGCUUCUGCGACUCCGAGUGAGGAUCGGUAUCCCCAGACUAGGAAGUAGUGCUGUAACUGAGUGGUCACCGGUUCGAUCCUUGGAGCAUCAAUUUGGAGUCCAUUGUGAUAAUAAUAUUAAUAUUAUAUUGCGCUUUUCAAGGCACUCAAAGACACUUCACAUAUUCAGGGACGAAACAAAAAAAACAGACAAGCAAAAGAACAAAUAACGGAUGAGGAGAAGAAACUGUCAGUGACUGAAAACAGCAUUGGUGAGUCUUCAGUGAUUUGGGGGAAGACUUGGAUGGGUUUGGGGAGUGAGUGUGAUGAUGGAGGAGCUCAUACAGGAAGGAUUUUGAAGUGGAUUCUCUGGGGGAUGGGGAGCCAGUGUGGAUGUGGUCACGGGUGCCAGAGUGGGUGAGUAGCCGAGCAGCAGAGUUCUGGGUAUACUAGAGCUUAUUGAGGGUUUUUGAAGAUGAGCCAUAGACUGUUGCAGCCGUCCAGACGGGAGGUGAUGAAGGCGUGGACGAGGGCAGAAAUGGUAACUGAGAACUGUAAUUGUUCCCAAAUGAAGCACAGAUACUCCAUCACUGCUGUCACAACACAGCUGAGAGAUUACCCAGUAAUAAGGGGGUGGGAGGAGUUAUAGGAGCUGUGUAGAGCUGUACAUGUGUGUUUUAGUGUACUGUGUGUAGAUAUUGUUCGGGCUCCACUGUGUCUUCCAUUUCCAUCUGAUUGAUGCACACAAAUACCAGAGCAUCAGGGUGGAAUUUAAGACAGUUUUAAUCACUUUAUUGUCAAGUGUUAUGCAGGCAAAGCAUCUUUUCUGCUUGAAGUUGUCCUUUUUUCUUUGUUUUUUUUAAUCGACAUAACACGUUUGUACAAACCAGUUUUAAAAAUAUCAAUAAACUGGGGCCUUUGAGGCUAACCUGGCAAAAAACCCAUUAUCAAAUGUCAUGGAGACGAACAAACAUCUUUUUAGAAAAAGAUUUUACAAAUGAGAUGUCACUACAAAAUAUCAAAGAAAAAAAAAGUUGGUUGUCACACAAAAUAUUACCAAAAACAUCUAAAUUUGUUUGGUAUCAACCUUUUUCAACUUUAAACAAUAGUAACUUUUUUUUUUUUUUUUUUUUGCUUUCUUCUUCUUGUGUUAUUUAUUUUUCUCCAAAAAACACGUUAUGGCGCAAAGAGAAGAAAUGAACAGCAAUGGUCGGACGUAGAAAAAAGAAAAAACAAGCACAAAGAGUAAAGAAGAGAGAAGCGGCACUACAGCGAAAAACUCAAACAUGCUGUACACAACCUCAGAAUCAACGCACACAAAUACAAGUCCAGCAAAAGGCAAAUAGUACAACUCAAGGAUAAAUAAUAAAUUAGCCGUACACAGCGGGGUCCUGUGUGUUAACAUACUGGGAGGGGACUUUUUUAAAACAACUGAUAAACUCUAUAGAAUAAAAUUAUCUUUCAAUUAAAAAAAAAAAAA